AUGGCCAUCUCAUCUCCUGUGGGGAUGGAACUGCAGGAUCCAAAGAUGAAUGGAGCCCUCCCUGCGGAUGCUGUGGGCUACAGGCAGGAACGCGAGGGCUUCCUGCCCAGCCAUGGUCCUGCUCCUGGGAGGAAGCCGGUCCAGUUCAUGGAUUUUGAGGGGAAGACAUCGUUUGGAAUGUCAGUGUUCAAUCUCAGCAACGCCAUCAUGGGCAGCGGCAUCCUGGGGCUGGCCUAUGCCAUGGCCCACACAGGGGUCCUCUUCUUCCUGGCCCUGUUGCUGUGCAUCGCACUUCUGUCUUCAUACUCCAUCCACCUCCUGCUGACCUGCGCCGGUGUUGUAGGUAUCCGGGCCUAUGAGCAGCUGGGACAGAGGGCAUUCGGGCCUGCAGGGAAGGUAGUGGUGGCCGCAGUCAUCUGUCUGCACAAUGUUGGGGCCAUGUCCAGUUACCUGUUCAUCAUCAAAUCCGAACUCCCCCUGGUUAUCGGCACCUUCCUGGGCAUGGACCCCGAGGGGUACUGGUUCUUAAAGGGAAACUUCCUCAUCAUCAUUGUCAGUGUGAUAAUCAUCCUGCCUCUGGCCCUCAUGAAACACUUGGGCUACCUGGGGUAUACCAGUGGUCUCUCUCUGACCUGCAUGCUGUUUUUCCUCAUUUCGGUCAUCUAUAAGAAGUUCCAGCUUGGCUGUGUUGUAGGCCGCAAUGAGACAGCAGUAGAGAGUGAAGCGCCCCUGGGCCUCCUCAUCCAGGGGCUCAACAGCAGCUGUGAGGCCCAGAUGUUCACAGUUGACUCACAGAUGUCCUACACAGUGCCCAUUAUGGCUUUCGCCUUUGUUUGCCACCCUGAAGUGCUGCCCAUCUACACGGAGCUCUGCCGGCCCUCCCAACGAAGGAUGCAGGCUGUGGCCAACGUGUCCAUUGGGGCCAUGUUCUGCAUGUAUGGGCUCACAGCAACCUUUGGAUACCUUACCUUCUACAGCAGCGUGGAGGCGGAGAUGCUGCACAUGUACAGCCACAAGGACGUGCUCAUCCUCUGCGUACGCCUGGCUGUGUUGCUUGCGGUGACCCUUACUGUGCCAGUCGUGCUAUUCCCUAUCCGCCGGGCUCUGCAGCAGCUGCUUUUCCCAAGCAAGGCCUUCAGCUGGCCACGGCAUGUGGCCAUAGCCCUGAUCCUGCUUAUUUUGGUCAAUGUUCUUGUCAUCUGUGUGCCGACCAUCCGGGAUAUCUUUGGGGUUAUCGGGUCCACCUCAGCCCCCAGUCUCAUCUUCAUCCUUCCCAGCAUCUUCUACCUCCGCAUCAUACCUUCUGAGGUGGAGCCCCUCUUCUCCUGGCCCAAGAUCCAGGCCCUGUGUUUUGGCGCCCUGGGGGUCCUAUUCAUGGCAAUCAGUUUAGGCUUUAUGUUUGCCAACUGGGCCACAGGCCAGAGCCAUAUGUCUGGACACUGACCAUACCUGCACCAUCUGGGUCCCCAUGCACAUGCGUGCGUGGGCUCUCCUAGGUCCCUCCUGCCUGGCGUGUGGAGGUGGCUAGUUCCCGUUAAUGUGGCUGUCAGAGGUGGGGUACAGCAGAAGCUGCAGAAUGGUCCACUUCCCUCCUCCCCAGGGACACCGAGCUUGGAUCAUGGCCCUAAUUCCAACCCCAACUCUGCCAGGGGGAGGAACAGGCCAGGUCCUUGGGGACCCCUUGCCCAGCCCAG